AUGAUUACUGAAAUGGUUAUUACUCAAAUUGAAAAUGUCACAACUAUUAUUAACACUACAAUGGUUCCUAUCAAUUUAAUUUCAACAAAUGAUACAUCCAUUUCAACAUCUCAACAAAGUACUAUUCAUCAUGAUCAAAAUUUAUUUGAAGUAAAUAAUCAGUCUAAUAGAAAUUCUAAUCAGAUCAUCACAUUCAAAUCACCAUUUGAAUUAAAUACAAUUCAGACUAAUUCAUUUGUUAAAGGUAUUCGUAAUACUAUUGAUAAACCAUUAGCUGGUUUAAUUAUCAUUGGUAUAUUAUUUUUAACAAUUAGUAUUCUAUUAGGAUUAAUUGUAUUAAUAUUUUAUAAAAAACGUAAUACUGUAUUUGUUUAUGAAAAAAGUCAACAUGGUGGAUUAUAUUCACCGGGUGAUCAAUCAAUUGUUAUUGGUCAAACAAUGGAAGCUAGAAAAAUUGGCAAUCAAUUAGUUAUGAUGCAUAAACAUGAUUCAUUGUACAGUUUCAAUGAUGAUGAUGAUAGUUAUAAUGACAGUGAUGUUGAUGUUGAUAAUGAUGAUGAUAAUGAUUAUGGGGAGAUCAGUUUCACUAAUACAAAUCACAGUUACCAUGGUAACAAUGAUGUAUAUAAAACAAUAUUUAAAAAACCUAUAAAAGCUUCAUAUAUAUUAAGAUCAGAAUAUGAUUUAAUUAGAAAUCCUCAAUCUAUUACAGUAUUAUCAGAUCAAAAGAAAUUCAUAAAUCAUGAACAAUCAUAUGUGGAUAAAAUGAAUGAGGUGAACAAAAAAUCAAAAUCUCAUGGAAAUCAAUCAUCCUUAAACAGUAGUAACGUUAUUAUUAAUCCAACAUUUACUUUAUGUCCUAAACAUGCUCAAUUAAUUGCUAACCGAAAAUAACAUGAUGGAGAGACAGAGAAACUGUUCUUUCAGUAUAUGGAUAUAUUUGGUGGGAGAAAAAAAGUGAAAUUUUUCUGGGAAUUCGUACGGGUUCGCUUAUAUUUUAUUGAAUAGAAAAACAAUAAAAAUUUUCUAACGGAUUGAUGGCAGCAAAUUGCAUAUUGUUUGUAUAUAGAAAAACUUUUGUCAACUAUAUUACUUAUUGAUAGAUUAAAUAGUAUUAUGUUUUGUUUUAUGAAAAGAGACUGGAUCUUAUUUGUAGUGAACUGACAAUUAACAGUAAUUAAGAAUGGUACAAUAUUCUUAUUCU